CUGUAUGCACUAAAUAAACCAAAUAAGAUUAGUUAGUGAGCUUUGGUGGUGCUGAACGAAAUCUGUUUCCCCCCCCGUUUUCCUGACCUUGGAGUUUCAAAAGGUCAAACUUUUCUUUAAAGUUUUCCUGAAAGUACAGAUACAAAUAUUUGGUGUUGAAACUUUGAGCCAUGUUUGGAUGCGAAGAAGAAUCUGGCUGAUUUUGUAAUUUUGUAAUUUAGUUUGUUUACAUAGAAUUAUAAUAAAGUGACCUGAUGUGAUGACACAAGACGAUCUAUUGACACAAAGGUGCCGAGGCCACAUACAGUGCUUUUGGGUUAAAACGUCUUCAGUAUUCAUGUGGCGGGGAGGAGACAAACAGCUGGACAGUCACACAGCAGCUCCUCACUCACUCCAAGUCUCCUCCUUCGUCUGAUCAAACCUGAUGAAUCCAACAAGGAAAUUAAGCUCUGACAGCAGCUGUAUUCAUCUCCAGCUAUGCUUCACAGAGAGGCCAAACUUGAGGAGUAAUCGAGACCUCGGCAAUGAUCUCCACUGUGAUGUGCAGCAGAGAGACGCUACAAAACGUUCAGCACACCAGUCACAUCAGGAGCCCCGUGAGGUUUGAGCCCCGCAGGAACACCAUUCCCCCAACGCAGACUCUCACUGCUAAAUAUCUGCUGCCAUACUUACCCAGACCACAGCCAGAAUCAGUCCGUUACGCUCCAUACAUUUACAAGGUUAAACCUAAAUCCGCUUUUGCCUCCGUGAUGACCACAGAAAGAUCUUCUCUCAUCCAUAACUUGAACAAUGCAUCACUUCCGCCAUCCCAGGAGGCCUCUCCCUCCCAGACCCGCAGUCCCUGCAGUCCCAGCCAGUCCUCUCAGGCUUUAACUUUGGCUCAGCAAGAGCCCCUCCAACAGCAUACUAUCCAAGUAGCUCCUCUUGAACCAACAGAAGAGACCUCAAAACCUCGGCGUUCGCACCGCAGCAGACACCUCAAGCGUUUCAGUACCAAGUGGCAAUCAAGAGGCUCCAUUGGCAGCAGCAACAUUCCAGUCUCUGCAAUAGAGAAGCUUCAGGUUGCAAAGAGUCACAAGAAGCGCUGUAAGCUGCUUGGAGAUGAGAAUUCAUUGCAUGUCACUGCCAGCAAUCAGCGCUAUGUCACCAAGGAUGGCAAGUGCAGGGUCAAUCUUGGACCUAUUGCGGACAAGAGUCGUUUCAUCUCAGAUAUUUUCACCACAUUAGUGGACCUCAAGUGUCGCUGGUUCCUUCUUGUCUUCACUAUGUGCUACAUUCUCACAUGGGUGGUCUUUGGUGGAAUCUACUUCUUUGGUGCCUGGCUGCGUGACGACCUUUCACAUGUUCAUGACCCAUUGUGGAAGGCAUGCUACGAAAAUGUAGACAGUUUCCUCUCAGCCCUGCUGCUGUCAUUAGAGAGCCAGAGGACUAUUGGGUAUGGCUCCAGGAUGGUGACGGCUAACUGCCCUGAGGGUGUGAUUAUCCUGAUGGUCCAAUCCAUCCUUGGCUCCAUUAUUGAUGCUCUGAUGGUAGGCUGUAUGUUUGUUAAAAUCUCCCGGCCACAACAAAGAGCCCAGACACUGAUCUUCAGCAAACACUGUGUCAUAUGUGAGCGUGACGAGAAACUAUGCAUGCUCUUCCGCAUUGGUGAUCUGAGAGCGAGCCACAUGGUGGAUGCCAAGAUCCGGGCCAAGCUGAUCAAGUCCAGGCAGACCAAGGAGGGCGAGUUCAUCCCACUGGAGCAGUCAGAAAUCAAUCUGGGUUACGACACUGGGGGAGACAGGCUGCUCCUGGUAGAACCCCAGACCAUUACCCACGUCAUCAAUGACAACAGCCCCUUCUGGGAGGUGGGGUCCGAGCGCUUGAAGAGGGAGACCUUUGAGAUCAUCGUCAUCCUGGAGGGCAUUGUGGAAGCAUCUGGUAUGACUUGCCAGGCGAGGACAUCCUACACACAGAAUGAGGUUCUCUGGGGCCACCGAUUUGAAUCGUGCAUUUCCUUGGAGAAAGGGGCAUUUCGUGUGGACUACAGUGCAUUUGACAAAAUCUUUGAAGUCCAAAUGUCCCAGCUCAGUGCAAAAGACAGGAGCACAGCAGAGGAACAAUAAGUUGUGUUUUAGAAAAUGUUGGCAAAACAAACAGUUCUUGUUUCUGUAUCAUCACCAUCAUCAUGUAACAUCAAACGACUUAAAGUGAUUGAGAUAUUUCCUGAUAAACUAUAACAAUCAUACUUUGUGAAUAUUAACCUCAGGGAAGCUGUUAUUUUGUUGUAUAUGUAAUACAGUUUGCUCUGUGUUUUAUUAUGAUAUGCCAUUCUAUCUAUGUGACAUUAUGAAAUGUUUUAUGUUGUGCUCAAAUAAUAUUUUAAAAAUAAAAACCCUGAA